UCCCUUUAUAUAAUAGGGAACAAAUGUUCUUAAGUUCAAGGAAAAGAUAUAGCAGGUGAUAUAGCCUCUGUAGUUGGGUGAAAGUUAAAAGAGUCAUCAAACCCUGCUUUUUGCAAACAAAAAGGAACAAGGAUAUGGAAAAGCCAGUGGAGUCUCUGCCUGAUAUAUACCCUUUGACAGGUCUACAAAUUGGGGAUAUACAAUCUUACGUGUCGCAAGCAUUUUUGUACUUUGCUCCCCUUAGUAAAAAGCUUCUCAUAUUGGUCGAUAAUCGGCCGUGGCUCAUGAACAAGCAUUCUAGAUCAGCAAGGUUAUGGCAAUUAAUGGUGACCAAGUACAGGAUGUCUCCUUUUAUGAACUCCAGGACAUUUGAUCGGAUCUCGGAUGCGGAGAGCAACAGCAUGAUGAACGGCCGUGAUCAGUCCAUCGACGACCACUCCGCCAAGUCCCGCCGGUGGUUACGUGUUAUUGAUUCGAGAAAAUGGCAGAAGAGGUAUCUUCUCUCUGCUAUGGAUUUGAGCAAAGCACUUCAUGGAUUCCUCGUGUUUGAAGUGGCGUGGAAAGAUGUUCACGGCAUCAACUAUCUUAAUGAGCUUCAGGCCGACACAUCUCUUGCUAUAGAAGUGAGAUACAUGAAGAAGUGGGAGUUCUAUAGUCCCGAGCAGGCCUCGACUUGUAUAUCGCUAUGGUUCCUGGGCCGUUUAUCUGAAACGCAAACACUCAAGAGCUAUCUAAAAAAGUUGGCUGGUUUAGACCUUCAUCUGUUAGAUGCUCAAUCCUUUUCUAAGGAGAUCUCGAAUCAAAAGUCGUCUCCUUUAGAAGCUGUAUCUGAGGAAGAGUUCUUAGAUGUCCAAGAAUCACCAACUGGGGAAUAUGAUGAACUCAACUCAAUACAACCACAUAAGAAUGAAAACACCGUGAAUAAGAAUGUGAACGAGUUCAACCGUGACUUUCUUGGGUCAACCAGAUAUUUCGAGGAAAAGAAAUCAUCAAUGAAGAAUGAAAUGGAGGAAACUUUUGUUUCAUCGACUCAAUAUUCGGACAUGCUGAUACUACUCAAAUUUAGCGAUAGUUUAUUGCCGUUCAAGCUAAGGCAAGUUAUCAUGUCCGACAUUAGGCUUCUCACUUUGCUCGAGUCGGGACUUCCAUCGUGGGUUAUAUUUUUCCAAUCUUAUCCUUUGUUCUGUCACUUCUAUCGACCAUGGAUGCGACCAUUAGCGAGAACUUUUUAUAUAUUGAUAUCGUUAGCAACGGUCAUUAUUGGAUUCUACGACUUGUAUAAGAAUGUACCAUUACUAAAGGCAACCGCCGCUCGCCUUUGCGGUCCCUUUUUCGGUUGGAUAGAAGGAUGGGACAUGGUUACAAGGAUUCAAUAUCUUGGCACUAUAUUAUUUCUCCGCAACAUUAAAAAGAGUGUGAAGUGGUUUCUGUUGGCUUUUCACGCGGUAAAAACGAUAUUUGUUUCGAUCGCUGAACCAUUAGCAGCACCAUUCUCUGAAAUAAUGGAAUUUAUAUCUCCUUUGUGGAGUCUAUGCGCUAACAUGGGUGAACUACUAUCUUCGACAGCAGAAUCUUUGAUGGAUUCAGUGUACACUUUGUUCGUCGACUUCACUGAGGUUUUGUUGUCACCGUUUGAGCUCCUGUAUUCCUAUUUUUGGACCACAGCAACUUCAUGUUACCCAUUGCUCAACUCUUUGUGGGAAUUAUGCCUAAUUCCAGUAAGAUGUGUUCUUACAUUGGCGAAUUACAUGGGUUCUUUGUUGUCCAACUCAUACAACUUACUAAAAGAUAUUUGGGAGACUAUUUGUAGCAUCUUCGAGCUCACACAUAUGUCGGAGACAGAGCAGAGUACAUUCGACAUUUCGGUCUUACAGGAGCUUUGGAAUGAUCUCUUCUCGCAAGUUUUUCGAGCCGUUCGAAGCAUAUUGAAUGGCCUAUUAGCAUUCUUCAUGUCCUGCAACCGACACAGGCUAAGCAUUUACAAUCAUAUUCAAGCAACGGUGCAGCGCCUGUUCCGAGUUGGCCGCGCGGCUCCUCAUAUGUGCCACUGUCAGAAAAAACUUCAAUCAGAGCAUCAAAAUGAUCAUCAUCAGGAGGAGUACAUGGAAUGCGAUUGCUGCAAGUGAAAUUAGCACGGAAAUUCUGCAUUAAUCUGUACAAAAAGUGAGUAUUAAUAUAGAGACUUAAUCGAUAAAUUGUACAACAUCUGUAGAUUCAUUUUGUAUGUAGAAUGAGAAAGAAGAGAGGAGGAAAUCGACCGUUACUCACUGUGCUGUGUAAUAGUUUGUAGUUAUUAUAAAUUUUGGAGAUUUUAUGGCUUUUUAAUAAAGCUAUUUUAAAUUUUAGAUGUC